UAUCUCGAUGUCGGAUUGGGAUACGUCGUUCCAAGGAGGCAACGACCAUAAAAAUUUCAGACAAAUUAGUCGUGAUCGAUUAUUGUAUGAAAUGAUCAGAUCGGCAAAAAGACAGGACGCAAAAUCAAAUUGGAAGGUACUCAUCAUGGACAAAGUUACUGUUAGAAUUAUGUCACACUCAUGCAAGAUGGCAGAUAUCACAGAUGAAGGAGUUUCAUUGGUGGAAGACAUAAACAAGCGGAGGCAACCACUGCCCACCAUGGAUGCAGUUUACUACAUCCAGCCAACAAAAGAGAAUGUCGUCAUGCUCUUGUCUGACAUGGCCGGAAAAACUCCUCUAUAUAGAGAUGCCUAUGUCUACUUUAGUUCUUCAGUUCCAAAAGAAUUGAUUGCAGACAUAAAAAAGGAGCCAACCAUAAAAUCUCGCUUGCGAGCCAUGAAAGAGAUGAACUUGGAGUUCUUUGCCAUUGAUAGCCAGUGUUUUAUCACUGAUCAUGGGAGGGCCUUGGAAGAAUUUUAUGGGGAUGAGGAAAUUAGCCGUAAAGGAGAUGAAUGUCUUACUGCAAUGGCCAAUCGUAUUGCAACCGUUUUUGCUUCAAUGUUGGAAUUCCCAUUUGUUCGUUACCGAGCUGCCAAAUCCCUUGACCCUACCACAAUGACAACAUUUUGUGAUUUGAUUCCUACAAAACUUGCUGCUGCUGUUUGGAAUGCUCUUAUGAAAUAUAAAUCUCUCAACAACUUCCCGCAGAUUGAAACAUGCGAGUUGCUCAUUUUAGAUAGAUCAAUAGACCAGAUUGCACCUAUCAUUCAUGAAUGGACAUAUGAUGCCAUGUGCCAUGAUUUACUUGAUAUGGAAGGAAAUAAAUAUGUUUAUGAGGUUCCAAGCAAAACAGGUGAUUUUGAAAAGAAAGAGGUCCUUCUAGAGGAACAUGAUCCCAUAUGGCUAGAGCUCCGCCAUUCGCACAUAGCAGAUGCUAGUGAACGGUUGCAUGACAAAAUGACAAACUUUGUGGCGAAGAAUAAAGCUGCAAUGAUGCAUCAAGGUUCAAGAGAUGGUGCUGAGUUGUCUACUCGGGACUUGCAAAAGAUGGUUCAAGCAUUGCCACAAUAUAGUGAACAAAUGGAGAAACUAUCCCUCCAUGUUGAUAUUGCUGGGAAGAUUAACAGUAUUAUUCGCGAGACAAGGCUUAAAGAUGUGGGGCAACUAGAGCAGGACCUUGUCUUUGGAGAUGCAGGAACCAAGGAAGUCAUUGAAUUUCUUAGAACACAACCGGAUGUAGAAUAUGAGUACAAGCUGCGAUUAUUAAUGAUCUAUGCAGCAACUCAUCCCGAGAAGUUUGAGAGUGACAAACUUACAGAGAUAUUGGAGUUAGCAGACCUAUCUCCUGAUGAUAAGAAUGCUGUUUACAACAUGCGAUUUCUUGAGGGAGCAACAGAUACCACGCAGAGCUCAAACAAUGCAUUCUCACUAAAAUUUGAUGCUCGCAAGAAGAAGCGUGGCCUUAGAAAAGAUCGUCCUGGUGAAGAAGCGGUUUGGCAGUUAUCACGCUUUUAUCCCAUGAUUGAGGUACUCAUCGAGAAACUUAGCAAAAAUGACCUACCAGUGAAUGAAUACCCAUGUAUGAACGACCCAAGUCCAACUUUUCAUGGGGCGUCACAUUCUGUGUCAGCACGGGUACUUGAUACUCCAUCUGCUCACUCGAUGAGAUCAAGGCGGGCAACAUGGGCUCGGCGCCGCACUUCUGAUGAUGGGUAUUCAAGUGAAUCAGUUCUGAGACGUACGACCAGCGAGUUCCAGAGGAUGGGUAAACGAAUUUUUGUUUUCAUCAUUGGUGGGGCAACUAGGUCAGAGCUGCGGGCUUGUCACAAGUUAACAACAAAAUUGAGGAGAGAAAUCAUUCUAGGUUCAUCUAGUCUUGAUAGUCCUGCGCAAUUUAUUGAGAAACUGAAGUCGCUGACUCCAAAGGAGGAGAUCUCGUUGGAUGAUCUUGAAAUCUAGAUACCGAAUAUAUACUCCGAAAGCUGGAAAUGCUGUUUUUCUCUCUGCAUGGUUUCCGGUUUGUGAUCAUAAACCAGUUUAGAUUUCAAUUAUUUCUACUAUUCAAGUUACACCAUUCAUGUAAAACUCUUGCAUCAAGCUUGGUCUAUGUAAACAUCUUGCACACUCCAGGUUUGUGAACUUCGUAUAAAACUGUU